UAACGUUCUGUAAGCCUGAAACGCCUCAUGAGCUCAGCAUGUUGUGUCUCGUGAGGGAGUAGUGUACUCGCCUACGGCAGAUUACCGCCCGCUGGACGGACGGCUCCCCUAGGCGCCCAACCACGGAGCAGACAAGGGGAAAAAAAUAUGAACUAAAAAAGUUUAUCCGAGAUUCGACUCUUCCGGUCCUGUGACUUAUCAGGUGGUUGCUGGGUAGGAGGAGAGGAGUGAGGCACUGCGCUUUCUAUUCCCUUACCACCCACCCGACGGGCCGCUGACUAUAUCGCAUAAGGUUCUAAACUGAAAAAGAGGAAGUAGCGGAACUUGAAAGUUUGUGAAACAUUUCCCUUUCAACUGUCACCGGAAUUGUUGUGUGCCAUGGCCGGGGGUUCAGUUACGGAAUGUAAAGAGUAUUUAUUUAAAGUGUUGGUCAUAGGCGAACUGGGGGUGGGGAAGACCAGCAUCAUCAAGCGGUACGUUCACCAACUUUUCUCCCAACACUACCGGGCAACCAUCGGCGUGGAUUUCGCACUAAAAGUAAUUAAUUGGGACAGUAAAACGCUGGUCAGACUGCAGCUAUGGGACAUAGCAGGACAGGAGCGCUUUGGCAACAUGACGCGGGUCUACUACAAGGAGGCGGUCGGCGCGUUCGUGGUGUUUGAUGUGACCCGUGGCUCCACCUUCGAGGCGGUGGCCAAGUGGAAGCACGACCUGGACAGCAAGGUGAAGCUGGCCAACGGCGGCCCCAUCCCUUCCGUGCUGCUGGCCAACAAGUGUGACCAGAAGAAAGACUCGUCCAACAACGCCAACCUCAUGGAUAACUUCUGCAAGGAGACCGGCUUCCUGGGCUGGUUCGAGACCUCGGCCAAGGAGAACAUCAACGUGGACGAGGCGGCUCGGUGUCUGGUGGAGCACAUCCUGCAGAACGACAAGGGCCUUCCGUACGAGGAGAGCAACGGUGACCGCAUUCGCCUGGACCAGGACACUGCCACCGCAGAGAGCAAAUCGGGCUGUUGCUAGCGUCGCAGGCUCAGCGUUACACUACGCUAUGCGACAUGAAGUGUCAUAGCGGGCACCGCCAUCUUUCGCCCCUUUAUGACCCCCCUUCCCCCAUGACCUUUGAUCUUUGGACUCCCGAGCAUGCUCAGAACGGACGGGAUCUACGCCGCCGCUAGUCCUGCCCAGACAGGGGGACCUAUCUCAGAGGCAUCUGACUCCGUUAUCACACUACCCACAAUGCUUCUCUUCAGCAUGCUGUGUCUUGCGUGUGCCCCGUUUUGUCCAUCCUCCUCUCUCCUCAUCUGUUCUCUAUCUCUUUCUCCCACGGAUAUAUAACCACUUUUAACGGUGUGUGUGCUCCUCUGUGUUUGUCUGUCUUUGUGUGUGUGUGUGUGUGUGUGUGUGUGUGUGUGUGUGUGUGUGUGUAUGAGAGUGUGAGUGUGACUGUUUGUAUGCCCAUUUGAGUGAGAGAGAAAGACUCAUAGGGAGAGAGAGAGAGUCUAUGUGUUUGUCUGAGCACAAACACACACACACACACACACACACACACACACACACACACACGUCACACGCACAGACAAUCUCCCUAACCACAGCAAGUCGACAGCAGUUUUUUUUUCGUUGUUGUUGCUGAAGGGGAAACUGCCCACUAUCACACUGAAUGCUGGGUAUUGUAGUAUGUGUAAUCCCACAGUAGAUAAGUAUUCGGUACAAGGCCUCUGCUCGGCUCAUUUAGCAGUACAGUGCACAUCUCUCACACAAACACAUGGGCACAACUAGACCAGACAGAUUUAAACUGGAUUAAGUUAUAGGAAAUAUAGGAAAUAUAGGAAAUAGGCGUGCGUGUGUGAGUGUGUGUGCAUGUGUGUGUAUGUGAGUGCGUGUGUUUGUGUGUGUGUGUGUGUGUGUGUGUGUGUGUGUCAAUGUGAGUAUGUAAAGCCUUUGGCUGACAUACACAUUUGUUUGAAGAGAGUGCAACCAUGAACUGGUCUGUUUAUAUCUAACUACACAUGAACGACCAUAUACAGACACCUUUGGUACUAGUGAGUCUUAAUCUAUGGUAUUUAAUGUUUUAACAUUGUGUGCGGUGAGGGAACGCCCCCUCGCCACACUGCCCUUUUGUUCAGCAAUGAAUCAAGUGUCUUUUUUUUUUACAAAAUGGAGGACUGUCAGUAAUGGUCCAGUUUACAUGAAAAAAAAAACACCUUUCAAGGAUCAAAAGAAUAAAGCUUUUAUUGAAUAACUUU